AUGGAGGGCAUGAUGAGUAUGCUUCCGUGGCUGGACCAGCCGGUCAUGCUGCACUCGAAUCGCGACCCGGGGGAGUGUACGAUGACCCCCGAGCAGUGUGCCUUUAAGAGUCGGUAUUGGGUGUACUGGUAUGAGGCAGACCACCGCUAUGCACUGCCCACGGUGGCCUUCUUUAUGGUAGCCAUUAUCCUCUUCGCUAUUCCCCAUGUUCUGGGCGGGCUUUUCCCUCGAACAGUCAAGAAAAGUCCCAUCUCGUCGCGGAUUGUGGCUGGAUUCCGCUUUCUAUCUUACAAAGAAUGGCGAAUCGCGGGUUGGAACACGCAGUCGCUCGGUAUCUUCUUGCUGGGGGCUGCUGGACUGGUCUUCUUUUUGGCUAUGACCCUUGGUCCCCAUCCAUAUUAUUGGCCUAAUACCAAGGAAAUCAGCUACGGGAACUCACCUCCCAUUGCCACCCGCACAGGGUUCAUGGCGCUGGCGUGUCUGCCAUUCCUGAUUAUCCUCGGUGCUAAAGCAAACCCGAUCACGGCAGUGACGGGAAUCUCCCAUGAGAAGCUUAAUGUCUGGCACAACUGGGUAGCCUGGGCCAUGUUCGUCUUGGCUUUGAUCCAUACCUUCCCCUUCAUCGUCUUCCAUAUCUGGAAGGGCGAUAUUGUCGAGCAAUGGAGCUCUGGUGGUGUUUGGGUCACUGGAGUAGUCGCGCUUAUCGCCCAGGCAUGGCUCACUUUCAUGUCCGUACCAUGGAUUCGAAACCGGUAUUAUGAGUUUUUCAAAGCCACUCACUUCUUCAUGGCGAUGGUCUUUGUCAUCUUCUUUUUCUUCCACUGCGACUUCCGCAUGUCAUCCUGGGAUUACUUCAUCGCCACCGCAGUCAUCUACACCCUCUGCUGGCUCUAUUCGCAAUGCAAGACAUACUUUGAACAUGGUGUCCGGCACAAGGCCCGUUUAGUGCCCGAGUCGGACCAAACCCUUCGGAUUACCAUCGACACGCAGAUGAAGUGGGCACCAGGCCAACACAUCUUCCUUCGAUUCUUGACCGGUGGCAUGCACUCGCUCACCGCGCAUCCGUUUACGAUCUGCUCGGUUCCACAGAAUGGACACAACAGCCAGCUGGUCUUCUACGUCAAGCCGCGAGGCGGCCUCACAGGCCGUCUCAUGAACUUGGCGAAAAAGAACCCCGAUGUCCAAGUCCCGGUCUUGAUGGAUGGCCCAUAUGGUGGUACCCCCGAUGGACGUAUGGGGCAGUUUGACAAAGGUCUCAUCAUCGGGGGUGGCGCUGGUGCGGGUCUGACCUUGUCCUUCAUCGAAGAUUACAUCCGUCACACUGGCAGCAGCCAGAUGCAAAAAUUGAGGGUCAUCGUUUCCACCCGCGACCCGGGCAUGCGUGCAUGGUACGUCCAAGCACUGGAGGCGAUGGCGGUAAGACAAAGUCAAGAAAAGCCCAUCUCAGGACUAUCAGUUCACAUCCAUGAAACUUGCGCUGAAAGGGGCGAGCAAGAAUCUGAUGCCGAAAGAAUUAAUAUCGAGGGCAAAGCAGAGAGCAUUCGCUCGAAAGAAUGCAGUACGUCGGUGACGGGGCUGUUUAACAUCCAGUGCUUCACUGGUAGGGCAGAUCUCCCCGCUGCCGUUCAAGAGACAACGAAUGAAGCCGGAGUGUCAGUCGGAGUUGUUGUCUGCGGCCCUUCUUCGAUGACCCAUGAUGUCCGCGAAGCAGCGUCCAUCGCCCAAAGUAAAAUAAUUUCCAAGUCACAGGGCGGUGCCCGAGAAUUGUGGCUGCAUAGCGAGAAUUUCUCAUAUUGA